AUGAGUUGCUCUGUUUAUCUGGGUUGUUGUUGGGUACACACAUCUUCGACCUUCUUCACCAGAUCCAGAUCCAAAUCCCUGACUCCUCCGUCCUUCAAAACCCUCUCUUUCCCCAUCGAUUACUCGAUUCCGCCGCGACGGCGGCGGCGCAUCUCCUCCACCGCGUCCGCCGUUCUCACCAGGGAAGACAAGGAAAAACCGUCGUCCCUCCAUCACGAGGAAUCCGAUCCGAAACCCACCUUCGAUUUCAAGGCCUACAUGGUGCAGAAGGCGAAUUCGGUGAACCAGGCGCUCGACGCCUCCGUCCCGCUGAAAGAGCCGGCGAAAAUCCACGACUCGAUGCGGUACUCCCUCCUCGCCGGCGGGAAGCGGGUGCGGCCGAUGCUCUGCCUCGCCGCCUGCGAUUUGGUCGGGGGAAACGAAUCCAUGGCCAUGCCCGCCGCCUGCGCCGUGGAGAUGAUCCACACCAUGUCCCUAAUCCACGACGAUCUCCCCUGUAUGGACAACGACGACCUCCGCAGAGGGAAAACCACCAACCACAUCGUCUACGGUGAGAGCGUCGCCGUCCUCGCUGGGGACGCCCUCCUCGCCUUCGCAUUCGAGCACAUCGCCGUCGCCACGCCGGCGGACGUCCACCCGUCACGAAUCGUGAGGGCGAUUGGGGAAUUGGCGAAUGUGAUUGGCGGGGAAGGUCUGGUUGCAGGCCAGGUGCUCGACAUAAGUUCCGAGAGAAAUUCCGAGGUGGGUCUGAAAGAGCUGGAGUUCAUCCACGUCCACAAGACGGCCAAGCUGCUCGAGGGCUCGGUGGUUCUGGGCGCGAUCCUCGGCGGCGGGAGCGACGGCGAGGUGGAGAGGCUGCGGCGGUACGCCAGAGACAUCGGGCUGCUGUUUCAGGUGGUGGAUGACAUACUCGACGUGACGAAAUCGUCGCAGGAGUUGGGGAAGACGGCAGGGAAGGACCUGGUGGCGGAUAAGGUGACUUAUCCGAAGCUGAUGGGGGUCGAGAAAUCGAGGGAGUUCGCGGAGAAGCUGAUUGAGGAAGCUAAAGAGCAGCUGGUUGGGUUUGAUCCGGUAAAGGCUGCGCCUUUGAUUGCUCUGGCUAACUACAUUGCUUAUCGGCAGAAUUGA